AGCAACAAACAAGUGGUCACGUGUUUUAAUGCGGAAGUUCCAGCAGUGUGUUUGAGCACAAAUCAAGAUGGCAGCGCACCCGGGAGGAGGCGGACGGGGCGACUCCAAGGAACAAAUAUUGGAACUGGGAACCGUCUUGUUGAAGGAUUUCAUUUUCGAGCGAGUCCGCCGGCACGGAGAUAACAGCACCUUGGUGACCCGGGACCAGUUGGGUGGAGGUCAGAUAUGUGACCCCAACCAUAAAAAGCUGGCCGACUGCCUGCAGAAGAUUGGAGACGAGCUGGAUGGCAACGCUGAGCUCCAACGAAUGAUCAACUGCCCUUCGCUGAGACCCUCAAAGGAGGUGUUUUUGAAGGUGGCCGUCGAGCUCUUCUCCGACGGAAAGUUCAACUGGGGCCGAGUGGUCACUCUCUUUUACCUGGCCUGUCGACUCGUCAUCAAGGCGCUCAUGAAUCAAGUUCCUGACAUCAUCAAAACCAUCAUCAGCUUUGCUAUCGAAUACUUCCGUGACCACUUUGUCAAUUGGAUCUGGGAGCAAGGAGGCUGGGAGAGCAUUGGCUCUUAUUUUGGAACUCCGACGUGGCAAACGGUGGCCGUGUUCACGGCGGGGGUCAUAGCCACGAUCCUCGUGACUCGCCAAAUGGGAGGAGCGCACUCGUAGGGCGAAAGAAGGCCAAGGAGAACAAAGAACUUGCAUGAGAACAUUUUGUAAGGACCGUGGCGCCGUUGUAGCCUCCAGCCUCCAGCCUCCACAGUGUCACGUGAGCCGGUUGCACUAAAGGCUGUUUUUGGGGAGGCACACAUAUGCGCCUGAGCGAGGGAAUGCGUUUUAAAUAAUUUAUUUUUUACCUUAUUUGGUACAAAAAAGAAAAAAACAAUCACUGUAUUUUGGUUUUCUGCUGUCAUUUAGAGGUGGUUUUCACCUUUUCAUCCAGAAAGUAUGCAUCUUAUGCGAUUCGUCAAUGUGCUGUGAUUUUCAAGUCAAUACUGACUUCUUUCUUUAUUUAGGAAACCAACAAUACUUGUCAGGUAGAUUUAAAAAAAUAAUAAUAAUAAUAAGUUGACCACUGUUUCUAUCCUGUUUUUGUUUGACUUCUGUACCCAAAGCAAUAUGUGGACAAGUCACAUGGUUACUCGAGCCGUUCUGUUGUCUUCUUAAAUGGAGUCUGCAUUUGUAAUCUAGUCACACUCUGGACCAGCAUUUGUUAUAAGUUACGCGUGUGUCUGGUCACAAAUCAAGGCUUGGCGUACCUCACUUGUUUGAAUACUUUAUUCUGAACAAGUCAUUCAAAAAUCAGUUUUGUCUACACAGCAAAAAAAAAAAAAAAAGAUUUGUUGUUUGUCAGUGCCUUGGUCUUGUUUAUUUUUUUUUUAUAUACUGAAAUUUUCACCUUUUCUAUUACAUUUCUACAAGUUUCAAAGCAAGCCCCCGAAAAAAAAAAAAAAAACACUUUGAAAAUGAGUUUGUUUGUUGUUAUAUGGCUAUUAAACCUUUAACUCAUUUCGUUUUCCUCUGUAUUUUUUUUUAAACUUGUAUAUAACAAGAUAAACACCCAAUGGACAAUUUAGUCCAAAUGCAGAUCAAGAGAACAUAACAGAUUUAAACUGCAAUUUUUUAAAUAUAAAACAAUUACAUGUGUAUUUUUCCACAAUCAAGAGUUUUUGCAUUUUAUUUUAUGUAAUGAUUCAGUCUUUUAUUAAGGUUAAGUACAGGAUCAGCAUUUAAAAAUUCAGCCACAUAGUCACAGACCUAUAAAGAAGAUCUAGAGGUUGAUGGCUGUGAGGGGCUACAAAAGCCAGAAAAUGACAUGAAAUCAUGUCAGUGAUUUCACUUUUGUUUAACGCUCAUCUAGUUUCCAGCACUCCGUCUCUGAUCCUCCACCUCCAGGAGCCGCUGAAGUCAGGAGCCAGAACGCAGCGAAGCUUCAAGCCCGACUCUUGCACCUCGUCGCCGUGAGCCACUGUGCAGCCCAGCUGCGUCUCCAAUGUGAAAACUCUCUCAGAGAUCUAAAACAGAAGAAAAAUGUAUUUAGAAAAGGCGUAAUGGUAGCUAGCAGUAAAUUCACUAAUAAACAAAAGCAGCACCUGAUCGCUAAUACCGGUGGCGAUGUGGCCCACCUUCACCCGCCGCGUCUCUCGGAUUUGGAUGGUUGUCCCGUUGAAGUCUCUGAUGCAGACGUCCACCCCUGAACAACAAAUGUUAGCGUAUACCCAAGUGAGCACAUUAGAUCGAAAAAUAUAUGUUUUGGUGUCGCACCUUGGAAACAGCACGGCUGAGGCGGCGGCGAAUGGCCCGGCAGGUCCAGACUGACGCUCUGCUGCCUGUCUAGCUGGCUGGUGUCGCUGCAGACUCCCGAGCUGUAGUCAUCAGCUGGGCUCAGAGACCAGCGGCCCGAGUCCUAAAUGACAGAAGCUCAACCUUUAAAACAUUUAUUUUUUAUUUUAUUUUUUUUAGGAUUGUAAUCAACUCUGUUCUUGACUGGUUUGAAGGAACAAGUGUAACAGGCAGCACACACCACCAGUUGGGUAUUCUCUCGCCGCUUUAGUCAUCUUUGGUAUACUGUUGUUUCGGUCAUGUGAUCUUAAGGGCCAAUCAAAUUCGCACAUGCUCGAGUACGCGAGAGUUGUGGAAGAAAUGUUUGUUUACAACUCGAUGUGAGUUCAUGUGGUUUUAAUCUAAAAUACUGCUAAUACUGCUUGAAUACUUAAAUGCAUAACUGUUAACAUUGUAGAGCGUACUUCCCAUGCUGGACUGCGUUGAUCGACCUGCGCGUUUGUGGAGUUGGUGAGUACUGACUUAGCAUUUAGCAUUAGCCGCGCCUAUGGUUUAAAUGGGUCAGUAACAACUGAUAUUUUUUAAAUACAUUUCACGAACUGUGUUGGGUCACUGAACUGAAUUGGGUGUAUUGAUCGAUUGUAAUGCUGCUUUUGCUAAUUUAACAAAACUCUAACACUUGUCGUUUUUGGCAUUAUAUUGAUGAGUUUGAAUUCCCUGCCUAUUUAUAAUAUCAUUAGUGUUGUCUAGUUAAUUUUUGAAUUGUGUACACAUGAAUUGGUCUCUACUGGCUUACAGUAAAGCAAGCAUUAUGAUUACAAAUAUGUUUUUUUGCCCUAUAUUUGGAAUUGGUCUUCUGAAAAUAAUUUCAAGUGUUUAUUAAUUCUAUGAGUUUCAUAUUUUGAAUGAGCUUUUCUACCUUAUUCACCUGUAUUGAGAUGCACAUGUGAGUUUUGAAUUACCUUUUUGUCCCACGGAUCGCGGAUGGAGUAGGUGUCGCUGCUGAGACAAGACAAGAGCUGUUCUUGCAUCUCAGCAGAGUGAAGCUGGGAAAGGCUGCUCAGAUAGAAAUCUAAAAAACAAAAACAUGUAAAGCACUGAGGGAUGGCACAUAGUUGAGCCAAAGCAGUGGAGGCUCACCUCGCUCCAGUUUACGCAGCUCAAGUUCCGGAACAGUGUUGGUGCUCCUAUUUUUCGACUGGUUUGAAUGAAAAUGUUGUCCUCGCUCACAAGUGUCAGCUUCGUCUUCAUCGCUGUCGUUCACGAUCGCGCAGUCCGUUUUCUUCUCCUCAUCGUCUUCUCGCGCCGACGGUAGGAAGUCCGGAGGUUUGUUGGCGAAAUAAAGAGGCUCCUUGUAGGAUAUGUUCCAUGGGCUUCUGAGUCCGCCAACUGCAUGGGAAGGUUAAAGGUCAAGUUACCAUCAAUAACCCCUAGUAUAUUCCUGAGUAUCAAAGCACCUUGCUUGAGCGCUCUGGCCGCGUGUUCCUUCAUGUCACUGGCUGACGCUCUCUUGUUGGGAUCCUUCUGCAGUCCCGCCUUGAUCAAGUUCGCCGUGAGGGGGCCGCAGUGAGGCGGGAUUUCUUGGAGCGGCGGCGGCUCGUUGGCGAUCUGUUCACAACAUGGCGUCGCUUGUGAUCUUGAAAGGAGCGCUUGCAAGGCUGUACUUAAGGAUAGCUUGUGAGCGUUUUUGCUAACCAUGCUGCAUGUUACCUUUAAGAAGAGUCGACAAGUGUAAUAUCUAGUCCAAGGUUGGCACCCGUUGAGCAUGUGCAGUAACAUGCAGCAGCUGCUCCACACAUCUGCUCUGUCUCCACGGGGUUCGCCUUUCACCAUUUCAGGGGACAUGUGCGUCUCGGUACCCUUCAGGUCUGCUUUCAACAAGAUGGCCAAGCAACAGUGAGAAACGCGAUGAUGUCAUAUUUUUGGCAGUUCGCCUCGAGACGGUCCUACCUCGGGACCCGCUGAGACUUAGCCCGGCAGCGUCCAAUCUCUCGGCGUGGCCAAAGUCGCACAGGAAGCAGGCUCUGCCGUCCUCGGACAGCAGUACGUUGUCGGCUGAGGGACAAAAGGGAAAAAAAAUAAUAAUAAUGGAUGGAGCUUGGGUGACUUCCAUGACUUAUGCAUACUUGAAGUGCUGUUUAAUUGGAAACAGAGCAGCUGUACACGGCCAGAAUGACUAGGGAGGGAAAUGGAAAAAAAAAAAAAAAAAAGAGAGAUGCAGUGGAAAAACAAGUAAGAGCAGUUUUGGUGACACAUACUUUCAAUUUAUCCACCUUUCUCUUACCUUUUUAUGCACCUCCCCCUUUUAGCUCAAUGACUUCCUGCUCUUCACCCCCCCCCCCCCAACUCUCUCUCGUACCCUUUUUUUGUCGCGUGUGCAUAUGCGCCUUUGCUUCCCAACAGCGGCUGAGUCACGAUGGGAAAUUCCCAAAAUCGGUCGUCGUCCUUCACGUUCAGUCGCAGGUGCUGUAAACCCGCGUGAGACGGUUUGGAUGACAGCCAAUCAACGUCAGAGCUGUUGCUGUACUUUUGUUACACUUCUCAAACUUCAGGGGUGGCCCAAGCUAGCUAGCAAUCAGGCUACUUCCUGGUGCAUGGAGGCCAUUUUGAUUCUAUGCACCACAUUUUCACCAAAUUAGAAUGAAAUAUACAGAAAACCAUCAAAACAAUUCCACAGAUACCUUUAACAUCAAGAUGCACCACUUUCUUCUUGGCCAGGUACUCGAGCGCUGUUGCGACUUGCAGCAGGUAGAAGAGGCUCAGGUCCUCUGGCAGCCGCCCGUGCUGCUUUAUCAGCUGGCCGAGCGAGCCUGGAUGGACACGGUGAAUUAUUAUUUUUAUAGCGAUAUGAUUAUUGCGGGUAAGGCUGAAGAAGUACUUGCCAGUUUUGUGGUCCAUGAGAAAGAAAACAUAAGGCCCGUCUCGGACAACUCCGAAGAGCUCUAGGAUGCGAGGAGAUCGGAGGGCACUCCACGUGCUCACCUCCUCGCUGUUGAACCUCUUCAGGGCAAUCUGGAAGGAGAUAUGAGUUGAAGAAAAAUCCAAAGUGGACCAUGAAGUGCUGAUUCUUGCAUCUUACCUUUUUGACAGCAAACUUGAAGCCUGUGUUGACAUCUCGAGCACCGUGGACUUCGCCGUAGGAGCCUCCCUUGAUAAACUCCGAUAGGACAAACUCCGUUCCUUCCUUAUACUCUGCAUCAACAGGCUGGAUAU